AACGGGGCGUUUUCGCUUCUUCUGCUGUUUUCUGCAAGUAGGCUCGAAAUAGUUGCGAAAUCUGGAUAAAAAGCAGCAACAGCGUCCUUAAUUUGCACCGUCUGUGCACAGCGACGAGGAAAAGGAACGAAGCAGCAACAGAGUGAACAACAGUUCAACAAGCUGAGAUUUAAAAGCAUGAAGGCAGCCAUCUCUGUGUUUAUAAUGCAUUAUGUCGCAGUUUCCAUACUGCUGGGGACGGGACUGAUGGUGAACAGCCAGAGACAUUCCCUCUUUUACACCUACACGGCUCUCUCCAAACCUGUCGGACUCCCGGGCAUCCACCAGUUCACAGCCAUGGGUCUGCUGGACGGCAGGAUGAUCGACUACUUUGACAGUGAGCACCAGCAGAAAGUUCCCAAACAGGACUGGAUGAAAGAGAGACUGCCUGCAGAUUACUGGGAGAAAGGAACACAGUCCCGCCUGAGCAAACAGCAGUGGUUCAACGUCAACAUCGACAUCCUGAAGAAACGAAUGGGACAAAAUGAUUCAGACGUCCAUGUUCUUCAGUGGAUGCACGGCUGUGAGGGCGACACGCAGCCUGACGGCACGAUUAGGUUCCGCCGCGGCAUAGACAAGUACGCCUACGAUGGAAACGACUUCCUGUCCUUUGACGACGUCGACCAAGUCUGGGUCGCCCCAAUUGAAGCGGCCGUCCUGACCAAGAGGAAGUGGGAUGGGGUCCAGGUCCUUAAAGAUUACACCAAAGGCUACCUGGAGUACGAGUGCAUGGAGUGGUUGAAGAAGUUCGUGGACUAUGGGCGAAUGCAGCUUCAAAACGCCCCUCCACCUGAGGUGUUCAUGUUUACAAAGAACACCGCAGUUGAGACAAAGGUCAUGUUGACGUGCCUGGCCACAGGUUUCUACCCGAAAGACGUCAUCCUGAACAUCAAAAGGAACGGCCGCGUUCUGACUGAAGAGGACGGAGUGCUUACCUUUGGCGUUCGACCAAAUGACGACGACACCUUCCAGAGAAGAGACAGUGUGGAGAUUUUAAAGAGCGACACGUCUACAUACAAUUACACCUGUGAAGUGAAUCACGCUGCAUCCGGGCUACAUGUUGAGAAGGAAUGGGAUGGUGACUCUUCCAAUGACCCAGACGACCAAAACCCAAGUACUGUCGGCGCUCUCACCGCUCUCGCCAAAGCCGCUCUCACCAAAGCCGCCGCCGUUCUCACCAAAGCCGCCGCCGCUCUUGAGUAGGUGGAGGGCUGCAGUAGGAUGUUCCUGCAAAUAACAUAAUUUCCAUCAGCGUACAUGAAACCUAACUCUGCUCUUUAAAACCAAAUUGGCCGAUGAAACGAAUGUUUUUAUCACAGCGCAGGCAAUAGAAACCAGAGAGGGAAAAUUAGAGGGGAAAAAAA